AUGACGCAGAAGAACACCGCUCCCGGUCCCGACGGCGUGCCCGGCAAGGUGCUGGGCUUUGCCUUUGGACAGGGUCCCCUAGGAGACCGCCUCAGGCACAUUUUUACGAAGUGUCUGAGGACCAACUGGUUUCCCUCGAAAUGGAAAAGGGCCAGACUGAUCCUGCUCCGCAAAGGAGGGAGGCCUGCGGACUCGCCGUCCGCGUACCGGCCGAUUUGUUUGCUCGACGAGGCAGGCAAGCUUUUAGAGCGUAUUAUUGCCAAUCGUCUCGUCGAGCACUUGUCGCGGAUGGGCCCUGACCUGGCCGACUGCCAGUACGGAUUCCGUGAGAGACGGUCCACGGUGGACGCCGUGUUCCGCCUUAAGUCCCUCACGGAAGCGUCGGUCAGAGGUCUGGCGGUCAUCUGCUAUGCAGAUGACACGCUAGUUGUGGCCUCUGGGGAGGAUUGGAGCAGGACCAAGGCAUUGGCCGAGUGCAGCACCAAUUGUGUCGUCGGCCGCAUUGAGAGGUUGGGGCUCAAAGUGGCCGUCCACAAGACGGAGGCCAUGUGGUUUCAUGGCCCCUGUCGUGGACGGCCCGCAGGACUCGACCUCUCUGUAGGUGAGGCGAGAGUCGAGAUAGGUACGACGAUCAAGUACCUUGGUCUAUACCUCGACCCCACGUGGCGCUUCGGCGAGCAUUUCGCUCGCCUGGCCCCCAGAGUUCGGAAGGUGGCUAACGCGUUAGCGCGUAUCCAACCGAACCUAGGUGGCCCGAAGACGAAGGUCCGCCGUCUGUACGGGAACGUGGUCCACUCGGUGGCCUUAUAUGGCGCACCGUUGUGGGCGGAAGCCGCGAUGAGGGCGGGGGCGCGGAGCAGCUUUGGCCAACUCUGCGCUGCCCAGAGAUUAGCGGCCCUCAGGGUGAUCAGCGGCUUCCGAACAGUGGCCACGGAGACGACGGGCGUACUGGCGGGGAUGCCUCCUUUGGCCCUCCUUGCAGGCAUGUACUCGGCGAAGUAUUCUCGCCGGGUCGAGCUACUGCACCAGGAGGGUCUCGCAAUCAACACCUUGCAGGAGACCCUCGCCAUGUCGAAGCGCCACGCCCGGCGACAACUGCUUUUUGGUUGGGGGCAGUUUCUAGACGAGCCUCGUGCGGCCGCCCAGAAAGUCGUCGGGAUACUCCGACCACACCUAGAGGUGUGGUUGGAGCACGGAGUAGGUCGCCUCACCUACCGGACGACGCAGGUGCUAACCGGGCAUGGUUGCUUCGGUGAGUACCUGUGUCGAAUAGGACGCGAUCCGACGACACGUUGUUAUAAGUGCGGGGCGGCCAGGGAUACGCCGAAGCACACCGUAGGAGAAUGUCCGCGAUGGGCUCGGGAACGUCAGGACCUGAUCGUCGUAAUAGAGAAUAACCUCUCCCUGGAGGGCCUUUUGCGGGCACUCGUCUCCAGGGAGAGAGAAGUAUGGCAGUCGUUGCUCGUGGAUCGUUUCUAG